AUGCGGUGGUCCUUGUUCCCCGUCGUAUCGCUGCUGGCUCCUCUGCUGCAGGCCAGCCCGGUCGGCGACGUCCAAGCUGGCGCCGAGGCCUCUGCUACAGCCACGGCAACGUCCGCAUUGCCUAGACUUGUUGUCUACUUCCAGACCACGCAUGACCAGAGCGGCAAUCCUAUCUCCAUGCUGCCUCUCAUCAACGAGAAGGGAAUAGCCUUGACCCAUCUCAUUGUCUGCUCUCUCCAUGUCAACAAGGACUCGGAGGUUCAUCUGAAUGACUACCCCCCAGGCGAUCCUCACUUCUACACGCUGUGGAAUGAAACGAAGCAUAUGAAGCAAGCUGGUGUGAAAGUCAUGGGUAUGAUUGGAGGAGCCGCCUCUGGCUCCUUUGAUUCAUCGACCCUCGACGGAGACUCCGCGACCUUUGAAAAAUACUAUGGACAAGUCCGAGACAUUAUUACCAAGUUUGGUCUCCAAGGCAUGGACCUGGAUGUUGAACAGCCAAUGAGCCAGUCUGGUAUAUCCAGACUAAUCAGCCGACUACGCAAAGAUUUUGGAUCUGGAUUCAUUAUCACGCUAGCACCAGUCGCAUCUGCGCUGCGGAAUGGUGGAAAUCUCAGCGGCUUUGACUACAAGUCUCUCGAAUCCAGCAAUGGCCGGGACAUCUCCUUCUACAAUGGGCAAUUCUACAGCGGAUUCGGCACCAUGGCACGCACCGACGACUACGUAAAGAUCGUGUCCAACGGCUUUGCAGCGUCAAAGGUCCUCGCUGGUCAGCUCACUUCUUCCGACAACGGAUACGGCUAUAUCCCAUACAGUCAAUUAAACGCGACUGUUAUAUCUCUUCGCAAAAAGUACGGCCAAAUCGGCGGUGUGAUGGGAUGGGAAUACUUCAAUAGCGAGCCCGGCGGCACCCGAGAGCCCUGGAAGUGGGCACAAGUUAUGACUGAAAUUCUCCGCCCCAACUCCGUUCCCAACCUGAAGAUCACAUUGGACGAUGCGAACCAUCUCACCAACGUAUAUGACCAUACUGUGGGCAGGUCAUCCCCGAAUGCCCGCCCAGGAUCGCGGGCUAUUGACUACUACGCGAUGGUUAAUGCGUAA